AUGCCGAUAACCAAAGAUCCUCCGACGGGGACGGGCCUCACCUUUGGAGUCAUUGGUUGCGGAAAUAUGGCCAGUGCGAUUCUUUCCGGGGUCCUUGAUUCCUGUGCGCAAGCCCAAAAAGCCGGUCAAGUACCCAAGAUAUCUCGCUUCAUUGCUACCGUCAACAGCCAAGCAUCAGCCGAGAUGCUUGAGAAACGAUUCUCUGAGUACUCCGACCGGUUUGAGGUAAUCCAAGGCGACAACGUCAAGGCCAUGGAGAGAGCGGACAUGGUGCUGUUUGGGUUCAAACCAUACAUGAUCGAUCUCGUUCUCAAAGUCGAUGGCGUUAGAGAAGCGCUGGCCGACAAGUUAAUCAUCAGUGUUCUUGCCGGAUCCCCAGUUGAGAAACUCAGAGCUGCCAUAUAUCACUCUGGUCCCAAGACAGCCGAUGAGAAACCCUUCUAUAUCAAGCGAGCCAUGAUGAAUAUCGCAGCCGAGUACCGCCAAUCGAUGACCGUGCUUGAGACAUCAUCAAUGCCCCUAGAAUACGAGCGCAUCACCGAAUGGAUGUUCAGCCAGCUCGGAAAGACUGCGCCGAUUUCGCCAGACCUCUACGAUAUUGCGGGGGUGAUGGCUGGUGCAUCCGGUGCCUUGCUGUCUGUAGCAUUUGAUGGGAUGCUCGACGGAGCUGUGAGCCAGGGGAUGAAGCGGGUGGAUGCGAAUAAGAUCUUGGUGCAGUCCUUGAUAUCUUUGGCGACGCUGCUACAGAACGAACACCCGGCCGUACUACGAGAGAAGUUCUCCAGUCCGAAAGGGACGACGAUUGCGGGGUUAUUGAGCCUGGAGGAGAAUAGAGCAAGAUAUGCGUAUAGCCAGGCGACUAUUGCGAGUUCGGAAAGGAGCAAGGAAAUUGGCAACGGAAAAUAG